GAUAUCGCUGUCCUGUGGCUGGCUUCCAGCGCUACCCUGAACACCUCUGUGAAAGCGGCUACCCUGCCAAGUGAUGGCUACACCCUGGCAAACAACUUCAAUUGUGUUGUCACCGGCUGGGGAAGAACCAGCACUGGCGGUUCUCUGGCCACCAUCCUCCAGCAAGUCACUCUGCCCGUGGUUGCCCACUCCACCUGUUCAACCAGCUCCUGGUGGGGCAGCACAGUUAAGACCUCUAUGAUCUGUGCUGGUGGAGAUGGAGUCAAGUCAUCUUGCAAUGGUGAUUCUGGUGGACCCUUGAAUUGUGCCAUCAGUGGUGUUUACCAAGUCCAUGGCAUUGUCAGCUUUGGAUCCUCUCUUGGAUGUAACUAUUACCAGAAACCAUCCGUGUUCACCAGAGUGUCUGCCUACAUCUCCUGGAUCAACAGCGUAAGUCACCAAUAUGACCUUCCCAGACAGAAUACCCAGGCCCUGUACUUUGCUGCUCAGCUUUGCAAAAAUCAGUUCAAGUGUUGUCAAAUGCAAAUAAGCAGAAUAUUUUUUUGUGUAUCCAGUAAAAAAUUACACUAUUACUUCCAUCUGUCUCUGCCUACAGUAAAAUAA